GACACAAAUAGUCGAGUGUUGUGUUUGUGUUUAGUUGUUAUUGAAGUUGUGUUACAUUCUCACGUACAUCACCCCGUUACAUUAUUGCAUUUAUAAUCAGAGAUAAUAAAACGAGACAAUGCCGACGGUCAAGGUGUACUACUUCCAGGUGAAGGCGGCUGGUGAAAGUAUCCGUCUGUUACUUGCCUACGGCGGUCAGGAGUUCGAAGAUAUCAGGGUGGCUAGGGAAGAUUGGCCGGAACUAAAACCAUCAAUGCCGUUUGGUCAAAUGCCGGUACUUGAGAUCGAUGGUAAGAAAUAUGCGCAGACUAUCGCUAUCGCUCGCUAUCUCGGCCGCAAGUAUGGUCUCGUUGGCAAGGACAUCGAAGAGGAUUUCCAGAUCGACCAGAUUAUUGAAUUCUUCAACGACAUUCGUAUAAAAGCUGCAUCGGUUUUCUACGAGACAGACGAGAAUAUGAAGGCUAAGAAGCAAGAAGAAAAUGAAAAGAAUCAUUAUCCAGUUAUGUUGAAAAAGUUGGACGAAAUUAUUACUAAAAACAAAGGGCACAUGGCUCUUGGAAAGCUCACUUGGGCAGACUUUGUUUUCGCUGGUAUGUAUGACGCUUUUAAGUUUUUACUUAAAAUAUCUGACCUUGACGAGAAGUAUCCGAGCUUUAAGAAACUACAAGAGAAGGUGCUGUCCAUCCCCAAAGUGAAGGCGUAUUGUGAUGAAGCUCCCAAGUCAGAUUUUUAAAGAAAUGUAAUUUCAAA